AUGACGAGUUACACUGGCGGCAGCCCGGUAUACGUGCCGGAGAACCUGGCGCCGAAUGCUGCGUCCCCGGGGUGGAACAACAAGGGCGACAACGCGUGGCAGCUGACGGCGGCGACGCUGGUGGGCAUGCAGAGCGUCCCUGGCCUCGUGAUCCUGUACGGGAGCAUGGUCAAGAAGAAGUGGGCGGUGAACUCGGCCUUCAUGGCCCUCUACGCCUUCGCCGCCGUCCUCGUCUGCUGGGUCCUCUGGGCCCACUCCAUGGCGUUCGAGGACCCCCUCUGCCCACUGGUGGGGAAGCCCCGCCCGGUGCUCUCCGAGCGCGUCCUCCUGGGCAAGUUGAAGUUGGGGUGGAUGCCGAUGGCCGACUACGUCUACUUCCAGUUUGCGUUCGCGGCUAUCACGGUGAUCUUGCUGGCCGGGUCGCUGCUCGGGAGGAUGAACUUCUACGCCUGGAUGAUGUUCGUGCCGCUGUGGCUGACGUUCAGCUACACGGUCGGCGCCUUCAGCAUAUGGGGAGGAGGUUUUUUGCAUCAAAAGAUCAUUGAUUAUGCGGGUGGUUUCGUGAUCCAUCUCUCUUCUGGUGUGGCCGGCUUCACUGCAGCUUACUGGGUCGGACCGAGGCAUUCGCACGACAGGCAAAACUUCCCGCCGAACAACAUAAUACACGUGCUGGGAGGUGCAGGGUUCUUGUGGAUGGGUUGGACCGGGUUCAACGGCGGUUCGUCGUUCGCAGCCAGUGGGAUCGCAUCCCUGGCCGUCCUCAACACCCAUCUCUGCACCUCCACAAGCCUCAUCGUGUGGGUUUCGCUGGACAUGAUCUUCUACAAGAAGAGCUCUGUCAUUGGUGCUGUGCAGGGGAUGAUCACUGGCCUUGUCUGCAUCACACCCGGGGCAGGAGUCGUGGACUCGUGGGCAGCAGCUUUGAUGGGAGUAGUGUCCGGUGCGGUACCAUGGUACACCAUGAUGGUACUCCACAGAAGAUCGGCUUUCUUCCAGAAAGUGGACGACACGUUGGCCGUCUUCCACACACACGCGGUCGCCGGAGCUUUGGGGGGCAUCCUCUCGGGGCUGUUCGCGAAACCCGAUCUCCUGAGCAUGCUUUAUACGUCAGGUAAUCACACAGGCUUGUUAUAUGGCAUCAUCGACGGGAAGGCCAGCCAAGGACUCCGGCAGAUGUCGUACCAGCUCGCCGGAGCAGCUUUCAUCACGGUAUGGAACGUGGUCGCCACGAGUUUCAUCUGCCUUCUCAUAGCCAGAAUUGUCAACCUGAGAAUGGUGGAAGAGGAUCUGGAAGUAGGUGACAGCGCCGCGCACGGGGAGGAGGCAUACGCGCUCUGGGGAGACGGGGAGAAAAUGCCGCGCCCUCUGCGGCUCCGAAUGCCGCCGAGAAUCCCCUUCAUCUGUCGGCGCCUGCUUUGAUUUUUGGUUUUUUUUUUUUUUCCUUCCCGACCCGAGGUCGAUGAUCAUCACUACCCGGUGAUGCUCGAGUUGAAAUUUCUCAGAGAUAUUAGCUUGUAUUA